ACAGAUAUCUCGCAACCACGUUUUAUCAGACUGCAUCCGCAUAGUUUAUUGUUUACAAACUCAUAAUUCUCUCUGUGGUUUGAGUCUAAUCGUUCCUGGAAUUGUGCUCUUGGAGAGCGACGUGAUCGGUUUGUUCUGUGGAAAUGGGGGCGAAGACUAAGGAUAUCGACAUGGCGGAAGGAACUCUCGAGAUCGGCAUGGAGUAUAGAACUGUUUCUGGUGUUGCCGGGCCCCUGGUCAUCCUUGACAAAGUGAAGGGUCCGAAGUACCAGGAGAUCGUUAAUAUUCGCUUAGGAGAUGGAACAAUGAGACGUGGUCAGGUUUUGGAAGUUGAUGGGGAAAAAGCGGUUGUGCAGGUUUUUGAAGGAACAUCUGGAAUUGACAACAAGUUCACCACUGUGCAAUUCACAGGAGAGGUUUUGAAAACACCUGUGUCAUUGGACAUGCUUGGGCGCAUAUUUAAUGGGUCUGGAAAGCCAAUUGAUAAUGGCCCUAAUAUUUUGCCUGAGGCAUACCUUGAUAUUUCUGGAAGUUCUAUCAACCCCAGUGAGAGGACCUAUCCUGAGGAGAUGAUACAGACAGGAAUUUCUACCAUUGAUGUGAUGAAUUCCAUUGCUCGUGGACAGAAGAUUCCUCUUUUUUCCGCCGCUGGUCUGCCUCAUAAUGAAAUAGCAGCUCAAAUUUGUCGUCAGGCUGGUCUUGUCAAGCGGCUGGAAAAGAGUGAUGACCCACUUGGGGAUCAGCAAGAGGACAAUUUUGCAAUUGUCUUUGCAGCUAUGGGAGUAAACAUGGAGACAGCUCAGUUCUUCAAGCGCGAUUUCGAAGAGAACGGGUCAAUGGAGAGAGUUACCCUUUUCCUAAACCUGGCCAACGACCCAACCAUCGAGAGAAUUAUCACUCCUCGAAUUGCCCUCACAACAGCAGAAUACUUGGCUUAUGAAUGCGGGAAGCAUGUUCUCGUUAUAUUGACAGAUAUGAGUUCAUAUGCAGAUGCGCUUCGUGAGGUUUCGGCUGCCCGAGAAGAAGUUCCUGGAAGACGUGGAUAUCCGGGUUACAUGUAUACUGAUCUUGCAACUAUUUAUGAGCGUGCUGGGCGAAUUGAAGGAAGAAAAGGUUCCAUCACUCAAAUUCCCAUCCUGACUAUGCCCAAUGAUGAUAUCACACAUCCUACUCCGGAUCUCACUGGUUAUAUUACCGAGGGUCAGAUAUAUAUUGACCGGCAGCUCUACAAUCGACAGAUAUAUCCACCCAUAAACGUGCUCCCAUCCCUUUCUCGGCUUAUGAAGAGUGCUAUUGGUGAGGGAAUGACCCGUCGAGACCACGCUGACGUGUCCAACCAGCUAUAUGCAAACUAUGCCAUCGGGAAGGAUGUUCAAGCCAUGAAAGCUGUGGUCGGAGAAGAAGCACUUUCUUCUGAGGAUCUGCUUUAUCUGGAGUUUCUCGACAAAUUCGAGAGGAAAUUCGUGGCACAAGGGGCAUACGAUACCCGGAACAUAUUCCAGUCGCUGGAUUUAGCGUGGACGUUGCUUCGGAUCUUCCCCCGGGAGCUUCUCCAUCGUAUCCCCGCUAAGACCCUCGAUCAAUUCUACAGCCGCGACUCGGCCUCAGGCUAAGUCCUCCUCCUCCUACUCUGUAACAUUCCUUCUCCGGUCAGUGUAUGAAAACCACCGUAUUUGCCUGUUUGGGAGAAGAAAACAAAUUGGUUUCAAGUCUAAAAUCACAAAACGAGUGUGUGUUUUUGGAACAUUGUUCUCAGUUGUGUACUUUAUUUAUAGCUCUGUGUUGUGUUCCUGAGACUUGGGAGGAGAAAGAUUUUCUUCUUUUACAUCUCAAUGUAUUUCUUGGUGUUUUGUGAUUGGUAUAUUGCUCUUUCAAAACAUUAAGACUCUAUUUCCUGUUUUAA